AUGGGCCAAGGCUACUCCCUCACAACCCUGUCGGCAGGGUCGGCAGGGAUCGACGUACCGGAGCUUUCGGAUCUGGUAUAUGAGAAGUCGAUGGGUGGGGGCAGGUUCAUGAAGAGUAUCCGUGCUAGGCAACAAAAUGGUCUGGUCUUUGUGAAGGUGAUCAUGAAGCCUUAUCCAACGAUGCAACUGGAGCCAUAUGUCAAAGCAAUCAUGAGGGAACGGAAGCUCUUAUCGGAUGUACCAAAUGCAUUGAGCUAUGAGAGAAUCUUGGAAACCAGUACCAGCGGAUACCUGGUCCGUCAGUACAUUCAUAGCUCUCUUUACGAUCGAAUGAGCACUCGCCCAUUUCUGGAGGAUAUUGAAAAGAAAUGGAUCGCCUUCCAACUCCUCUGUGCAUUGCGGGACUCCCACUCCCUAGAGGUUUUCCACGGUGACAUCAAAACAGAAAACAUUCUGGUCACAUCGUGGAAUUGGCUCUAUCUAUCUGACUAUUCGUCAUCAUUCAAACCAACAUUCCUCCCAGAGGAUAACCCUGCAGAUUUUUCGUUCUACUUUGAUAUUUCCGGGCGGAGAACGUGUUACCUUGCCCCGGAGCGAUUCCUAGUGGCCGGUGAAGAACCGGGCAGCCGUCACGUUAACUGGGCAAUGGACAUUUUCAGCGCCGGCUGCGUGAUCGCCGAGCUUUUUCUAGAGUCACCGAUUUUCACGCUCAGCCAAAUGUACAAAUAUCGAAAAGGCGAAUAUAGCCCGGAGCACAGCCAGUUGGUGAAGAUCGAGGAUCCCGAAAUCCGAGAACUUAUCCUUCACAUGAUUCAGCUGGAACCAGAAUCCCGUUACUCUGCCGAGGAAUACCUCAACUUCUGGAAAAACAAGGCCUUCCCGGAGUAUUUCUACAGUUUUCUCCACCAGUACAUGUCUCUCAUGACAGAUCCGUCUUCGGGAAGAACCAAGGUGGAUGCGGAAUCAAAUAAUCGAGGGGAAACGGAUGACCGCGUCGAGAGAGUCUCCUUGGAUUUUGACAAGAUAUCCUAUUUUCUGGGGAUUUCAACUCGACGUCCGGCGAGCCGUCCAUCUAGCACGAAUGCAGCUUCUCGUCUCACCGGAAACACCCUCCCAGUGAAGCUCGACCUACCCGAUGGUGAUAGUGAUGGAAUCCAAACAAUAGCAUCGUCCCCUCGAUUGCAGUCUGAUGAAGGUGUCUUGAUCUUCUUGAGUCUAGUCGUCUCCAAUCUUCGGACGACAUCCAAGGCCUCGGCUCGAAUCAAAGCUUGCGAUAUCCUCCUUGCCUUUGCGGAGAGACUAUCAGAUGAGGCAAAGCUCGAUCGAGUGCUUCCAUAUAUCAUGAUUCUCCUGGCCGACCGUACGGAUGCUGUCAAGGUCGCGGCGAUUCGCACUCUGACUCAAUUACUGGAGAUGAUUCAUGUAGUUUCCCCGGUAAAUGCCUAUCUGUUCCCCGAAUACAUCUUCCCUCGCCUUCAGCCAUUCGUCAUCUCCUCCAAGAGCAGCCCAAGCCCCAUCGUCCGAGCUGCGUAUGCGUCAUGCAUAGCAUCACUGGCGCAAUCCUCCUUGAGGUUCCUGGACAUGAUUCAAGCGUUACGCUCUGAUACCCGGUUGACUUCGCUGAUUCCAGUUGGCUUUGAACCACGAUGGACGGAGGACGCAACCUAUCACAAUCUCUAUGAUGUAGCUCGACUCGACCUUCUCGAAUAUUUUGAAGUCCAUACCAAGUCACUUUUGACAGAUACAGAUGCUUCCGUCCGCCGUGCCUUUCUGGGAUCUGUCUCCAGUCUGUGCGUAUUCUUCGGCAACCUCAAGACCAACGAGGUUAUCCUUAGUCACUUGAACACCUAUCUCAAUGAUCGGGAUUGGAUCUUGAAAUGCGCGUUCUUCGAGGCUGUGGUGGGUGUUGCCGCAUACGUUGGAAGUACCAGCCUAGAGCAGUAUAUCCUUCCUCUCAUGAUUCAAUCUAUGACAGAACCGGAAGAAUUCGUCGUGGAAAAGGUGAUCUGCUCUCUUGCCGCCAUGGCGGAUCUCGGCCUAUUCCAACGAACAACUACGUGGGACCUUCUUCAUAUUACCAUUGGGUUUUUGGUUCAUCCAAACAUUUGGAUCCGUGAGGCCGCAGCAAAUCUCGUGGUCAAGUCGACCAAGUUCUUGUCAGUCGCGGAUAUCUUUUCUAUCCUCACUCCUCUCAUUCGACCGUAUCUCAAGGUUCAGAUUGUGGGUUUCUCUGAGUCGGAGCUGCUUGAAGCUCUGAAACGACCCAUGUCGCGGAAUAUCUAUGAGAUAGUCUUUCUAUGGGCUUCUAAAACAGAUAAGGGAAUAUUCUGGAAGUCCGCGAGUCGAGAUGCAUUCAGUCUUUCGGAACCUGGCAGUUACAGCUCUCGUAUGGGAAGACAUGUCAGUCUGUCGAUGAGCUCGCAGUCCAAGAAUGAGGAAGAUGAGCAAUGGCUUUCACGGCUGCGAAAUCUUGGGAUGACAUCUGAAGACGAAUUCAAGAUUCUGGCGCUCAAGGACUACAUAUGCAGAGUAUCGCUCCGCCAAUCAAGAGAUGUUGAAGCGGAGGCCACAUUGCCACUCGGCGAAAUCGUCGGUCUCUCACAGCAAGGAGUCACGCCUCAGACUGUCUUCUUCGACAAAAAUCUGAAUGAGAAGUCACGCAAUACAUCUUUGGAAAGAAACACGAGUCGCACGCCCGCUCCGCUCGAUGACCGGAGACCGCGAACUAUUGCGGAUGCGCUCCUUGAUGCCUCCACAACAAUUGAGCGAUCACCAUCCACGCAUCGUAAACAUAUCCGCACUAGAAGUCAACUCCACAAAGAAAUCGAAGUCCCACAGCUGCGGAAUACUGUUGUCGAAUCAUCCGCAUCUUCCCCUGCAGCCUCAUCUCCAGCCGCAGCUCCCGGGUCACGCCCAAUGUCGCCACCAGGCUCAGACAUUGAGCGACAGAGCAACCCUCCUAACCGCAGAUUGAGCUCCGGUCAAGAGAGUUCGUCAACAACUCCUACAAAUGCAGACACAUUGUCUCUCAGAGGCGUACCCGUGCAACGCAAGUCUAGCGCCAUCAAUCUCCUCAAUCGCAAUGAGACUGCAAAGGCGUACGCAGAAACGAGCACGAGCUCCGCGAAUGCUUUCGGGAAAGUAGACGCCCAUGUUCAGAGAAGCGGAACCCCACAGCCCUCUGCUCUCUCCCAUGCAAACGAACGUAGACCAACUCAGGCCGUGGCGGCAUCACGACGGUAUCGCGCCAAUCACUCCUACACUGGUGACGAUCCGGUGGUUUUGCGACUGCUGGACAACGUUUUCGCAGAUAGUUAUCCUACAGAUUUGUUUGACUUGGGACCCUAUGUCAAAGAGCUUGACUCUCGACAGCCGAUUCCCAAAUCCAAUACCCACAAUAUCAACAAACUUUGGAAACCCGAAGGCAAUCUGGUUGCCACGUUUGGUGAACAUAGUGGACCAGUCAACCGCAUCGCUGUGCCCCCAGAUCAUUCAUUCUUUGUGACUGCCUCUGAUGACAGUACAGUCAAGAUCUGGGAUACAAUCCGGCUGGAACGAAACUUGACACCUCGAUCUCGUCAGACUCAUCGCCAUUCACCUGGUGCUCGUGUCAAGGCACUGACUUUUGUUGAGAAUACAUACACGUUCGUCAGCGGUGCCACUGAUGGUAGCAUCCAUGCUGUUAGAAUUGACUAUCAAAAAGUCAACGACACUGCUCGGUAUGGCAAACUCCAACUUGUCCGUGAGUAUCAGCUACCGGUCGCUGAGAACGGGUUGCAAGAGUACGCGGUCUGGUUGGAGCACUUCAGAGAUGAGGGACGAUCAACGCUCCUUGUCGCUACAAACACCUGCCGCAUUCUAGCUUUGGACAUGAAAACUAUGCUACCAGUCUUUACUUUGGAAAAUCCCGUCCACCAUGGAACUCCGACAACCUUUUGCUGCGAUCGGCGCCACACUUGGCUGCUCGUCGGGACCACUCAUGGUGUUCUUGAUUUGUGGGACCUUCGAUUCCGGGUGCGACUGAAAGCAUGGGGCCUACCAGGUUGGGGCUAUAUCCACCGAGUUCAGUUACAUCCCAUCAAAUCACGGGGGCGCUGGGUUUGUGUCUCUAGCAGCGGCAGUCAUGGAAAUGAAAUCACCGUGUGGGAUAUCGAAAAGUUCCGCUGUCGCGAAGUAUAUCAGGCCGCGCCACUAAAUUCCAGCGAGGCUGCUACUUCCAAUGGCGGGGCUACCACUGCUCAUCAUAGGAGCUCCCGGGCUGCCACCACUGGCCGGGCACACCGUCUUAGCAUAAGAGAUUUCGAGGCUUGGCCUGUGGACGAGGACCGGCCGGAGGGUAUGCUCAGCCGGUUUGCUACAGCGAGCCCCGCUGCAACUGGUAUGGACGCUGGUUCACCGGCCGGUGGCAAUAAUGGCUCAGCAGCACAGUCCACCAACCUCGCAGGCGAUCGCAUGGGCACUUUGGCAUUCACGGGAGGUCUGAACACUCCGGAUGACGAUAAGGCCGCCAGCAGCAACAGCAAACUUGGGUUCAUCGUCUCGGCUGGAAGCGACCGACGGAUUCGGUUUUGGGAUCUUGCCAACCCGGCAGGUUCAAUGAUAGUCAGUGGACUGGAUGCCGUUCCGAACGGCAAUGCUGCGAGUAAGCCACAGUACGAGAGCACCCAGCCUGGACCCAACCUCUCCAUGGUCACAGAACAUAUGCCCCGCUCGUCGGCCGAUGGUGCCGCCGCGGCUGGCUCGAAGAAGGGAGCUAGUCCACGACCACCUCGCAGCACCGUGAUUAGUCUUCAGCAGCAGAUGCUUCUCAAGAGUCAUUUGGAUAUCAUCCAGGAUGUCGCGGUGCUGCGUCAGCCGUAUGGGAUGAUCGUGAGUGUAGACCGGGCAGGUAUGGUUUAUGUCUUUAAGUAG